GCGUAGGAUAUGUGAAUCGUCAUCUGGGGCCAAGUCGGGCCAGCACUGGACCAAUUCAGGGUGCAAGCUCUUUGCCCAGGGGGACACCAUUCCUCUGCUUUGGCUUCACUGAUUAUCUGAUGCCAUCGCAUCCCAUGGGAGACACGCGUGGCUGAAGCAAAGGAGGGAGGUAGAAGAGAGACCCACCUGAAGCUCACACCUACCGCUGCCCUUACCCAUCGCUCCCCCCCUGCCCCUCAACACUCUGAGGAGAGAAAGUUCUUUGUGUGUGACGUCUGAAGCCUGGGAUGCCUGUGACCAUGCUGUUGGCUCCUGUCUGUGUGCUACUGAUGCUGGGGGCGCGUGCUCUCGCCGGAGGCUAUCCCCCCAUGCCCCACAUGAAGUACAUGCAGCCCAUGAUGAAAGGGCCUAUUGGACCCCCAUUCAGAGAAGGAAAGGGACAUUACGUUGAUAUGCCACCCAUGAUGGAAAUCAAGGGGGAACCAGGCCCCCAAGGGAAACCUGGACCAAGAGGUCCCCCUGGGCCAGCAGGGCUUCCAGGAAAACCUGGACUGGGCAAGCCGGGUCUCAAUGGCCAACCAGGCCCUCAGGGGCCUCCUGGUUUUCCAGGCAUUGGUAAGCCUGGACUUUCAGGUCUCCCAGGAAAGAUUGGGCCAAAGGGGAUGCCAGGGCUUAAUGGUGAGGUUGGCCCACGUGGUGAACCAGGUCCUAGAGGUGCUCCAGGCCAGCCCGGCCUCCCUGGCCCAGCUGGCUUGUCUCUGAAUGGGAAACCUGGACUUCCAGGCAUCAGAGGCCCCCCUGGAGCUCGGGGGGAACCAGGAAUUAAGGGUCUUUCUGGCCCACCAGGUGAGCGGGGGCUUAAGGGCGAGAAUGGAAAUGGGAAGCCAGGGCCUACGGGUUUAAGGGGCCCUCCUGGGCUAAAAGGCAGUUCAGGACCACCUGGUCUUCCAGGUAUAGGCAAACCGGGACUAAAAGGUUUGCCUGGACUUCCUGGUCCUAAAGGUGAUCAAGGACCUGAUGGGGGACAAGGAGAACCAGGAGAGCCUGGGGCUCCAGGUCUACAAGGUCUACCAGGACCAGUUGGGAUAGGGAAGCCUGGGCUGGACGGACUGCCUGGAGGACCAGGUCCAUCAGGUCCAAAAGGUGAGCCAGGGUCCAGAGGUUCUCCUGGAUUUCCUGGGACUCCUGGUUAUGGAAAACCUGGUCUGAGUGGGCCAAAAGGAGACAAGGGCCACGGUGGGUUGCCUGGUCUUCCAGGGGACAAAGGGGAGCAAGGAAUGGUGGGCCCAAUUGGUGAACCGGGCCUUGAUGGACAAUCAGGACCACCAGGACUUCAAGGCCCAAUGGGACUCCCUGGAAAACAUGGGCUGCCAGGACAGAAGGGAGAGGCAGGGCCCCAGGGCCCUCCAGGACUUCCUGGCCUCAGAGGUGACCAAGGCCCUAGUGGAGCCUUUGGAAAACCUGGCAUCCCUGGGGAAAAAGGCAUCCCUGGGCUUAAUGGUCCUAUUGGAAAACCUGGACCCAAGGGUGAGGCAGGGCACAUCGGUCUGCCUGGAAAUCCAGGGCUGACAGGAGCUCCAGGGCCUAAAGGUGAAACAGGGUUUAUAGGGACUCCAGGCCCCAGGGGUCAGUCAGGCAUUCCUGGUCUACAGGGGCCCAUGGGUCCCAUGGGGCCUCAGGGCGUCCCUGGCCCGAAGGGUGAGGCUGGACUUCCAGGGCUUCCAGGACUGGGUAAGCUUGGAGAAAAGGGGUCUAUAGGUCCUCAGGGUCCUCCAGGUAAACCAGGCCCUGCUGGUCUUAAUGGUAACCCCGGCCCACCUGGCCCACCCGGGCCCCCUGGCCCUCCAGGAAAUGGCCAAACAGUUAUUGCAGGGCCAACUGAUUCGCAGCUGGAAGGGGAUGAAGUACCAGGGGACAGGAAGGGGCCUGCAUACAGUCAAGUCCCACUCUCUGCCUCCGUGGCCCCGGCCUUCACAGCCAUCCUCACCACACCUUUCCCUCCCUCUGCCAUGCCAAUCAAAUUUGACAGGACCCUGUACAACGGGCAAAACGCCUACAGCUCCGCUACUGGCAUGUUCACUGCUCCUUUAUCUGGUGUCUACUACUUUGCGUACCACAUGCAUGUAAAGGGAACUAGCCUGUGGGUGGCUCUGUACAAGAACAAUGUACCAGCCACUUACACCUAUGACGAAUACAAGAAAGGCUACAUGGACCAGGCGUCUGGUAGUGCUGUCCUGGAGCUGAAGGAGGGUGACCAGGUUUGGGUCCAGAUGCCGUCAGAUCAGGCAAACGGCCUCUAUUCUACCGAGUACAUCCACUCCUCCUUCUCAGGAUUCCUGCUCUGUCCCACAUAACCCUGUCCUUUCAUUCAAACAUGUUCCUGUAUUGGCACCUCAGAGCAGCCUUAAACCUAAAAUACCUGCAGCCAUAACAGAAACGCAAAACCCAUAGGAUUCUCAAUAUUACUGCAAUCAUCUUUAUAUGUCUCAUGCUCAGCAACAUCACCGAAAGAAACUUUGUGAACGAAAUAUGGAAAGUUUUAAAAGACAGGGGUAGGAAUUUCAUACUGUGCUCUUUGUUUCAGUGUCCUUCAAAUGUGUGUUUUGGGUUGUAUUUUAUGUUGGUGUUUUUUUUUUUUGUUUGUUUUUUUGUUUUUUUUGCUUAUAU